AUGGCUGCUGCAAAACUGCUGUCCCUGAAUGGGAUCUUCUGUGUCUACAAACCUAAAGGGACAACUUCUGCCCACAACCUGAAUGAGCUGAAGCAGAAGCUGCUGAAAGAGGCCGGUCUAAAGGAACAUGGGAAAAGGAGGAAGCAGACGCUAAAACUUGGACAUGGCGGAACCCUGGAUAGCACUGCCUCCGGCGUGCUGGUGGUUGGCAUCGGAGACGGGACAAAAAUGUUGGGUACCAUGCUGAGUGGGAGCAAGGAAUACAGUGUGAUUGGUGAGCUGGGGAAGGAAACUGACACUCUGGACGACUCAGGGACUGUGACAGAAGAGAAACCUUAUGAUCACAUCACUAGAAAGGACCUGGAGAAGGUGCUGAAGACAUUUACAGGAAACAUCAUGCAGGUCCCUCCGCUUUUCUCAGCUCUGAAGAAGGAUGGGAAGAGGCUCUCCUGCCUGGUUAGAGAAGGGGCCGAAGUGCAAGAAAAGCCUGCCAGGCAGGUCACGGUCUAUGGACUGUCCAUAACAGACUUCCAGCCCCCUCUGUUCACACUCGACAUAGAAUGCGGAGGCGGAUUCUAUGUCCGCAGUCUGAUCAGAGACAUUGGCAAAGCCCUGUCAAGUUGUGCCUACGUGAAGGAACUGAUCCGCACCAAGCAGGGCCCCUUCACAUUGGAGGAGCACGCGCUGAGAGAGGACAGCUGGAGCAUCGAACAGGUCGCCCAGUCCUUACAGGAACAUUCCCAUCUCCUGACCGCAGAGCCAGCGGCCAAACGGCUUAAAACAGAGGAGCGGGAGCCUGCCAGGGAGUGA